AUGAGUUUGUUGUCAUCAUUUGUGUUGAGAUCUCGGUCGUCUUUGGUGAGAUUUUCGCAAAUAUCCAGAGAUAUGAGUAAGUCAGCUUUGGUUUAUUUGGCGCCUGGGGCUGAGGAAAUGGAGCUGGUCAUCGCCGUCGACGUGCUGAGACGCGGAGGAGUCAAUGUGACAGUGGCAGGAUUGCCGGAUAAGAACUGCGUGAAAUGCAGCCGCGGCGUCCUUAUCAACCCGGACACCGGCAUCGAGCAAGCCAUGUCUUUGGCGCCUUUCGACGCUUUGGUCCUUCCCGGAGGAUUGGCUGGUUCGCAGGCUUUGGCGGAAUCCCAGGAGGUUGGGAAGAUGCUGAAGGAACAGGAGCAGGCGGGUCGCAUCAUCGGAGCGAUCUGCGCCGCACCGACCGCACUCAAAGCGCACGGCAUCGGCGUCGGCAAGAACCUGACCUCCUAUCCUUCAGUAGAAAACAGCCUGAUCGAAGGUGCUGCCUACAACUACAAGCAGGACAACGUUGUAGUUGAUGGCACUUUGAUCACGAGCAGAGGUCCAGGGACUGCCUACAAUUUCGCUUUGACGCUGGUCGAGCAGCUGGUUGGAAAGGAGAAGGCUCAAGAAGUUGCUAAAGCAAUGCUCAUCGAGUAUUAAAGUAAUAGUUGUAGAAAUAAAUUCAAAAUUUGAAUCGCAUUAGUUCAAAUACACAUUUGAACUCACA